AUGAGCACAAUUCCAGUCACAAUUGAUUUUUCCGGCGGAGCCGAGUUUCUCGUCAAAGCAAAAGCACAAAAGGUUCAGAUUCCGGCAGACUCUACACUCCGAGACGUGCUGAAAUUUGUCCGGGACAACCUCGUCACGGAUGUUCACCGGAUAAAUAUGUUGCUCAACGAUGACGCCAGCGAAGUUGCUCACGGAGUGAUUACCCUUAUCAAUGACACGGAUACCGGAUUGCUGUUAGAAUACGAUACGGUUAUUGAGGCAGGGGAUACGAUUACUUUUGUCUCGACGCUUCAUGGUGGAUGAACUCGGAUUUUUGCUAAUUGUUUUGUUUUUAAGCUGUUUUUUAAGUUGAUAAUGAAUUUGAAAUGUA